CGCAGCAUCACAUGUGAAGGCUCUGAUGCUUUACUACAAUGUGGUAAGCUAGUGAACACUACUGAACAGUGUAUAUAAUCAGCUACCAAAGAUGCUCUCCUUCGUUCCUUAUCUAUCUUUUCGUUGUCCGUCUCUUCCUCAGAUGGAGGUAAGAUCCAUAUUGAGAGUGCCAACUAUGGUCGUCGUCAAACCAACGUGUGUUCCAUUGGGCGCCCUGAUGACCAACUCACCAACACCAACUGCCUCAGCCAAUCCACCACCAGUAAGAUGGCAGAAAGGUACGGGAACCAACGGUGUGUAUUUACCUGUACGCUCAUUGGCUGUAGUGAUAACCUCUACCUGUCUUUGAAACACAGGUGUGACGGGAAGAGCCAGUGUGUCGUCCCGGCAUCCAAUUCUGUUUUUGGAGACCCCUGUUUCGGGACUUAUAAGUACCUGGACACCCAAUACUCCUGUGUUCAACAGCAAGUAGCAAGUCAGUCUGUGCUAAUAACACUUGGUGGUGGGCACCAAUAUCGUUAAAUUGAUGUAUUGAAUGUCUGUAUGACUGAGGCAUGUUGGGAUAUUGUUUAAUACUUCGGUGAAAGAGCGCACUCUGCUGAUGGCUAGCAAAGCCAUGGAAUGGGUUGGGUCACCAAUGGGACCAGCUUGUGAACUUUGUUUUAUGGUCACCAUGUGUUUUAAUACAUGCCCUUUUUUCUCCACUUUUAAACCACCCUCACUUCCUAACUAACCAUAGCUAGCCCACAAACGGUGGUUAUGGAACAAAGUAGCCGGCAACAACUUUCGUUAGCAUAGCUUAUAGGGAGGUCAGAGACCUGGCAGUGUGGCGCCAGGACGACAGCCUCUCACUCGACGUCGAAGAAGCUGAUUGUGGAUAACAGGAAACAGAGGGCCGACCACGCCCCCAUUUUCAUCGACUGGGCUGUAGUGGCGCUUUUCGAGAGCUUCAAGUUCCUCAAUGUCUGUAUCACUAAGGAUCCUUCAUGGUCCAUGCACCAGCAGUAGUAUAGAGGGCACGACAAUGCCUCUUCUCCAACCUGCCCAGGAGGCUAAAAAUGUGUUAUUGGCCCUCCGAUCCUCAGUUCUACAGCUGCACCAUUGAGAGCAUUUUGACUGGCUGUAUCACCACUAGGUGUGGCAACUGCUUGGCAUCCGACCGCAAGGCGCUACAGAGGGCAGUGCCUACGGCCCAGUAAAUCACUGAGGCCACGCUCCCUGCCAUCAGGACCUCCUAUACCAUGCGUUGUCGGAAGGCCCUACAUUUUCAAUGAUUCCAGCAACCCAAGUCAUACUGUCCUCUGCAAGUGAUACCGCGGCACCAAGUCUGGAACCAGCAGGCUUCUACCCCCCUCCCUGUCACUUAAGCUGCUAUUUAUAAGUCUCUUUAUAACUCAAUUAGCCAGCUAGCACUUGGUGAGAAAGAUGGGUAGUCGUACCACACAGGUCUCCUUUACAUUGUGGCUUAGUUGAUGCUUGCGCGCACUUAAUCUUGUGUAACAGUGAACAUCUGUUUCAGCCAACGUUGGCUAGCUCAAAUCUCGUUUAUAGCUAUACAGACGUCACAGGCCCAAAUUGUAUAGAAAUAUAGCUCUGGUCUAGCGGUACGACUAGCUAAACCAGCUUACUUUCACAUUCUGAGCAGUUUGAGAUGACGACGUCUCAUAAGGAGCUUAAACCACAGUGUAACGGUUGAAGAUAAUGCAUUUAACUUUCUACAACUCUGUUUAUGCCUAAACAUUAAUUAAUCAACGUUCCCUAUUAGUGCCCAUCACUAACACUUCACCAAGCCAUAGUAUGCCUUUAUUUGUCAGGCCAGUGUGGUGUAACUCCUGUUUGUCCUUGCAGUAAGCAGCAUCAUAUGUGAAGGCUCUGAUUCUCAACUACAAUGUGGUAAGCAGGUCAACACUACAGUAUGGUAUCCUCUCCGCUCUCAUGUGGUGUUGUGUAUAUUAGUCUCUAGCCCACACAAACACCCAGCCUUGGCCUUCUUCCUUUUCUUCAUCUAUCUCUUCCUCCUCCUCGUCUCCCUCAGAUGGAGGUAAGAUCUAUAUCGAGAGUGCCAACUAUGGUCGUCGUCAAACCAACGUGUGUUCCAUUGGGCGCCCUGAUGACCAACUCACCAACACCAACUGCCUCAGCCAAUCCACCACCACCAGUAAGAUGGCAGAAAGGUACGGGAACCAACGGUGUGUAUUUACCUGUACACUCAUUGGCUGUAGUGAUAACCUCUACCUGUAUUUUAAACACUCAGGUGUGAUGGGAAGAGCCAGUGUGUCGUCCCGGCAUCCAACUCCAUGUUUGGAGACCCCUGUGUCGGAACCUAUAAGUACCUGGAGGUGGCUUACACCUGUGAC